UCCAUGGUUCUGAAAAUGGAUCACAAGACUACUUUCGAGGGGCUUUAUUUCUUAUUUAUCUGUUUCAUUUAUUCCCAGCUCCAUCUGGUGCACUGGAACACCAAAUACCCAAGUUUUGGUGACGCUGCUAGCAAGCCUGAUGGGCUCGCUGUUGUUGGAGUAUUCCUGAAGAUUGGUGCUGCAAAUGCAAGUCUGCAGAAGAUUCUUGACGCCUUUGAUUCCAUCAAGACCAAGGGCAAGCAGACUUCUUUCUGUGGCUUUGACCCCUCUACCUUGCUCCCUGGUAGCCUAGACUACUGGACAUAUGAUGGCUCCCUGACCACACCUCCUCUGCUGGAGAGCGUCACCUGGAUUGUCUGCAAAGAGCCAAUCACCGUCAGCUGUGAGCAGAUGGCCAAAUUCCGCAGCCUGCUCUUCUCCGCUGAGGGUGAGGCCGAGUGCUGCAUGGUGGACAACUACCGCCCUCCCCAGCCUCUCAAGGGUCGCCCUGUCCGUGCUUCCUUCCAGUAAUGCCCCCUCCCCCUCUUUUAUGCCCUUUCUGCCCUGUUGCCCUCUCCCUUCCCCCUCCCUUUAGUCAGUUACCUCUCUUGCAGUGAGCCACAAUGCAAACAUAUCGCUCUCCGUCCAGUUUGUAAAAGAAAUGAAAUUCCUGUGGCCCAUUGUUUUUUAAUGCUGGGCAGUCUGUCAUAAUUUAUUCUUUAAGACACCUCACAAUGGCUGCGACACGUUUACUGGGACUUAGCAUUCAGUGCCAAUGUUUUUAGAGACAUUACACCGGUGUGCGUAGGUCUUCUUUGUGUCAACAAACACAACAAGAAUGAAAACUGAAGAUGAGUUAUGGAGCUCUUGAGUCGGCAGAAAGCACAAGCUUGUCGCAGUAGGCAGGGGGGGAGGAUGAAACUACAUCACCAUCUGUGAGGAGGGUAAGGUGCAGAUAAAAAGAGGCGCACACAAACACACAGGGCCGCUGCCAGUCUGCCUGUAAUCUCUGACUGACUGCCAGCCUCUGCAUCACAGCAGCUUAAUGAAAUGCUGCAGCCGCCUCCAUCACAACCGAUUGACUCAGAAAAUCCCCCUCUGGCGCGCACACACACACAACAUGGCACGCACAGUCUCAUGCAGACGUGAUGCCUAUAGGCGCUGACCUGCUUAUUGAUUUGAAUUAUAGCAACAGAGGACAUGAGGACAGGCUGCUGCUAAUGCUGGAUUCUCAACACCACGACAAUGGCUUGUUUCUCUUAUUUUACAACCUAAUCUUCCAAUCUUUCAUGUGUUUGUCAUCCUGUGUUGUGUUUUUAUUAGUAUUUUGGAUUAUGUCUGUUUUUAGCCUGACAGCUUAUGCAAAAUAAGUCUUAAGUGAUUCCUAAAUUAUGUUUUGUAACCAAAAGCUCAUCUGCAUUUUUGAUGCCCUGAUGAUAAUAUAGCAAUGGAGAGGACUGAUUCUCCUUCUCAGAACACCUCCAUGUAUUGUUUUGAACUCCAGUGUAUCGAGUGCUAAAGCUUAAAACGCACAGUCGCCGUUUUGGCGAAGCCAUAGCGGCUAAUGCACAAAGCCAAGGAAUAAAUUACCCUGCCAAGGAAGCCAAGGAAGAAUCGAACCUGCCAACAGAUCAGAUUAUAGUGUCAGCCUGGUGUCAGGCCCUGAAUAGGGGCAACAUUAACAAAAGGCCAUGAGAGGUCCUGAGCACCUCCUCAGUUAACCCUGUAUGCAGUAGUGAAACAUUACCAGAAAGAUUGUAAUUACCAUGAAAAAAAAGCCUUAUGCCAAUCAUUGUUAGGGCCGUCCUAUAUGUAUGUGCUGUUGUCAUUCUAUUUUGGAAGUGGACGUUUUACUAGUUAAAUAAAUAUAUUUUAUGACUAUAAA